GUCUUUUGUAAUACAACAAGAGCUCUGGCAAGAUGGCGUACCAAACAUUUCAGCAAGAAUACUUGCAAAUGCCGGUGGUUACACGGACAUAUGCGACUGCUUGUGUAGUCACAACACUUGCAGUGGUAAGGAAAUUUUUUUGGUUGGGAUUUGACUGAUUUGACUGCGUAAAACAAGUGAAAAAGAUUUGUUUACACGCAACUGCGAGUGUCUCCAUGUCCAGCAUUCUGUGCCAUCUGUUUUAAAAUAACUUUUUUUUUUGUUUUUGUCGUUAGCAACUUGAGUUGAUAACGCCCUUUCAGCUAUAUUUCAACCCUGAGCUUAUAUUUCAAAGAUUUCAGGUAGGUAUUUUCUUAGGUAACAAUAUUAUCUUCUUGCAGUAUAAGAAUAUAUUUAGAGGAAAAAAAAAUUACUAUGCAUAAAAUAUUCUCAAUAUCACAUUCACGUAAUAAAUCUCAGUACAAUCAGCAUUAAUAAAUAUUGAUAUACGUAUUGGGCAUAAAAUUAUUAGCAGAAAGUUUAUUCACUGGGUUAAAUUUUCUUUAAAAAGAGGUGAAGAAUCAUGAAAAAAAUAGUGAGAUUUUCAAAGUUUUUUCAAUAUUAACAUUUUUAAUUUUUUCUGUUUUGCUUCCUUUUUUCAGUUUUGGAGACUGAUAACAAAUUUCCUGUUCUUUGGGACAAUUGGAUUCAACUUCUUCUUCAACAUGAUUUUCACAUAUCCUUUAGAAUCUGUUAAUUAUGUUCAGCCAUGCAUGUUCAGUAAUAAAGUAUGCACACUCUGUUUAUUCAGGAGCCCAUAACCUGGAGUGAGCAAAUCACAUACUAGGCCUAUGUCACACAAUGUCACACCAUUUUUUACAGACCAGUUUAUUUUUAGAAACAUUUUAGAGCACUUUUUCCCCACAAAAAGGGAAGCUCUGCUAUGUGUAUGAGCACAUUCAAAAGAUAAGAUUUGAAAAAGGAAAAAAAAAUCAUUUAAAAGGUCCAAUAUACCCUUUUCAGGGUUGUAGGUUGUGAUAACUGGUUCAUGGGAUUAAAAAGAUGUCCUAAAUUCCUGCCAAAAUCAUUCUGGUCGGUGAAAACCUUGUGGCAUGACUCAAACACAGGGAAAUUGCUCACUCUGGGUUAUAGGUCCCUGGUUUAUUUUAUUUUGAAGAAUAGAUGAAGUUAAUUUAUACUUACUUUGGAGCUGUGAAAAUAUAUUUUGAAGCAAAUUAGCAGGGGAGAGACCACCAAAAGUAUGCAUACAACUUUUUCAAAUCUUGUAUAUUUCUUUUUAUGAAGUCAUCCUUCAAAGGAAUGAAUACAUUGAGACCUCUAAAACCUAUUGCUAUGAAAAUCACUUGAACAACUCUAAAUAGUAGGUUUUUCCCUGGGGAUGAAAUCUAUCUUAAUAAUGCUUUUACUCCCAAAGUGGCCAUGGUCAAUAUUCAACAAAAUUGCCAGAUUUCAUUUGAAUAAAAAUUUUGAACAACAAAAGUACUGAGAAAAUAUUGCCUGCGUGCAGACGUCUCCUAUUUCCUUUGUUGCACUCGGAAAAGGGACAUCUGCGUAACGCCGUCGCUAAUCGUGUUCCAGCGUCCUGCUGGGUUCCGAAGAUCUUGGGAACACGCUGUGAUAGGCUGACACACAGUGCGCAUUGUUUGACUUAACGCUGAUUGGUUGUUGUCGAAUGUGGUCUGAUAAUGUAUGCGGUGAUUCAAAUGAUUUAUGUAAGCGGGGUUUUCUAACCAAAACAAAUCAAAACAUGUGCGAUUGUGUACUGUGUUUUUCGUCGAUCGAAAAGCAGAGCGAUCGAAAUCUUGUGCGGGGACGCGGAAAAUUUAACGUGUACGAGGAAAUUAUUUCUUUACAAUUUACUGUGCAUGACACAUCACAUCAUAUUUGUAAACAGUGUCUGAGAAAACUACAAAAGCGGCGUGGACUUCGCACCAGGCAGGCAUUUCGGAGAAAGGCACCCAAAGAAACUAAAAUCUUUACUUAGCCGUAACAAACAGAGGUCAAGAAAAUUAAAACACUUUACAACUGCAUCUGAAAUCAAAUCCUAUCGGGAACACCCACAGAAGCAUAAACCACAGGAAAUGAUUACUCAGUAUGCAUGUAACAAACCUGCUUCAUGACCUCUAAAUGAAAGACUUAGCGCGGCAAAAAUGAGAUUUACUCAGUCAAAGGUUAGAAUGCUACAUGCACUGUGUAGUGCUAGUAAUCUUCGCGCGAUAAAGAAAAGAAGAAAAACCUCUGUUCAAGCAGACUCUCAAGGUCACGUUUCGCCCGUCUCACGAGCUUAUGAUGUUUUGUUUGGCCUGUCAACUCUUAUUUCUAACCGGAUAUUAUUCACAAUUUAUGCGAAAUAGAAUACCCUGCCAGCGGGACGCUGGAACACGAUUAGCGACGGCAUUACGCAGACGUCCCUUUUCCGAGUGCAACAAAGGAAAUAGGAGACGUCUGCACGCAGGCAAAGAAAAUAUUAAGAGAAUAUGUUACUGCAGAAAAGAAUUUAUUUGAAUGGUAACACUAUAGGGUUUCAUUCAUAGACUCGAUAAGUACCUUAAAAGACUCAUUUGCUCAAUAUGAGAGUGAAAUUGUUAACAAAAUUAUGUUCUCCCCAAGAGAGCUUUUAAAAAACAUACCAAUAAAAUGUUGCUUUUGAUAUUAGAGGCUAGGAUGAUUAUGAUGAAGCAUCCAUUCUGCUUCAGAAAAUAGCAAACUAACGGUAUGAAUAGUUUAAUACAGUUUUGCAGUUAUAUAUACCUGUAACUGUUACAAGUGGUUGAUUUUGUAAAUGUUAUUUAUUCACAUUUAAGUUUUAUUCAUUUAUUUUUAAUUAACCAUUCUAAUUAUUUAUCACUGACUGCUGUACCCCUGUGUUUCCGCCUGCCUCGACUAGCACCCGCUCUUUGCAGGUGGAAACGGACUUUCUGUAUGUCAGUUGUUACAAAAGUGUGAGUGAAUGGUUUCACACAAGUCAUUGCUGCUGUUUUCAAAAAUCCUAGAACUCAUGAUUUAUCAACAUUGAUUAAUUUAGUUGAUUAAAUCCUUGACAUAUGAUAGUUAUCGGUAUUGUCGGAUGUUAGAGGAGGGUUCUUUCAGAGGAAGAACUGCUGACUUUGUUUUUAUGUUCAUGUUUGGUGGAGUGAUCAUGACUGUAUCCUUGAUAGUGUUGUUAAUAAACUUAUCUUAAGUACACUUCUUUCACUGCUAAAAGAAGUUAUACUCAGUACUGAAAUAUAUUCAGAAAAAGAUAUAAUCUUAUAUUAAAGAGAGAAACAAACAAAACAAUCUGAUAAUCAUAAAGUAAUACUUGAGAAAACAGUAAUAUUUGUUUUGAAUUCAUCGCAUUGUAUGACUUUGUUCACAGAAUCAAAAGUAAGAACCAUCCAAUACCACUGUAAAGAUCUGAUGAAUAUCACUGAUUCAUUUGAAUUUUAAAACCGUGUGGUUUUAUAUAACUUUCAGAGACUCAAAAGUUUGAACCUCAUUCAAAAUUCAAUAAUAUUUCAAUCUGCAAUAUAUAGGUAAAAUACAUGUCAGACCAAAUCUGACACAACUAUUUUAUCAGGCUUGUGAAACAAAAUAGAUCUUUUUUUGUAUCAGUAAACAAUCUGAACUAAAAUCAAUAAUAUUGAACCCUCCUUUUGAGAAAAACUGUUCCUUGACUUCUGCAUUCAGAUCAUUGCCCUGUUUGUCAACUUAGUCUUUCUAGGCCAGGCAUUCACCAUCAUGCUGGUGUACGUCUGGAGCAGAAGAAAUCCUUAUGUUCGCAUGAACUUCUUUGGUCUCUUAACUUUCAAGGCUCCAUUUUUACCCUGGGUGCUGUUUGGUUUCUCACUCAUGCUGGGAAAUUCAGUCAUGGUUGAUCUUAUAGGUAAAACAAUUUUAUUGCUGAAGACCAUACAUGAAGAGAGAAAUUUUUUCGGCUUAAAAUUGUGCAAAUUAAGUUCAUCAUUAAUAGUGUAAUCUUGAACCGUAAGCCUCAAAUUAUUGUAUUGACAUGACAUAAGUGAAAACCAUUUGCAUUAAGGAAUAGCAACUGAUCAACAGUAGCUUGUAUCAGAGGGGUGGGGGGGGGUACUGCCAUAUAUAGGCUAACAUAGGUAUGUGCUGUUGUAAAGGGUAUGUUUUUCAAGCCGUUUAGUUUGGGAGAGGGUAUAGAAAUCAGAUAGUUUGUGUCUAGAAUUGUGUAUCAUUUUCCAGGAAACUGAUGGGUUGAAGAUUUUAGUCUAGACCAGGUAGAGGAGCCAGAAUUGAAAAAGAACACCAAAUCAGCAAAUUCAAAUUCACCUGAUACUCAGUUUGAUGACAAAGAAAGCAUUAAUGGAUGGAAAAUAGUGGGUGUAGGAUAGGGAGGGAUUUGGGGAGUUUAGUCUAAUGUAAGGUUACCGUAGCAAAAUUUAGCUGAAACAGGUCUGAUAUAGGCUAAUGGUUCUGGGUUCCCAGUUGCACAUCUGCACCAAAACAUUCCUCAAGUGCCCCCCCAGCUUGUAUCCCUAAUAACUCGAUUAUUAAAGUUGAAACACCGGUUUAACAAAUUUAUCUAGCCUCACACGGAACCAGCUAGUAUUUCUUUUUCUUUUUUUGCGAAAAGUUUACGUCUAUUCCUUCUUAAUUGUUAAAUGAUAAAAGUCUGAUUGGACCUAAACACUAGGGCAAUAAAACAACCACUCAGUAACCCUAAAUCUUCCUCUUCUUACUUGCAUCUCCACCUUUUACUCAUGUUUUUCAACUGUCUUUCAAGGUAUUGCAGUGGGGCAUAUCUAUUAUUUCUUUGAAGAUGUUUUCCCUGAGCAACCAGGUGGCUUUAGGAUACUCAAGACACCAGGAAUUUUGUAAGAAAUGUUAAUAUUGUUUGUUUUCAAACAUAUUACCCACAACAUCAGUCUGUCAUAGCCUGCGUAGCAAGCAAAACCGAAAGUCCCCUUCCUCGGUCUUUCUUUGCUCCGAAACCAAACGGAGACGCUUGCCACGCAGGCUACAUCUGUCAUGACUACCCUCUUGAUGAAAACAUACUUACUGUGGUGGACCUACCCAGUAAACUAAUAAGUGAUUUUUUUAAAAAAAGGAAUAUAAAGAAUGAAGUUUUUAUGCAAGAUAUUGUUUACAUUGAAUGGAAUUUAUUCCAAACAGUAUUCUGCCACUGACCACAUAGAGAACAUAAUGACAUUUUAACUACAGUGAAACUGCUCACUGGCUAAAGGAUCUGAGUGAGGAAUGCUGGCAUGUUACAAAAUCUGGGACUUCUGAGGGUUUCUGAUUACCCACCUAAGUUGCCUAACAACCAACUUUAAAUUCUGGAAGUACUUCAUGCCAUCUAUAUAAUUUUUGAAGAAUGUUUGAGGAUCCCUGUAUUUAUUUCAAAGAAGCAGGAGGUAUGACUUUACUAGUGGUAAACCUCUAAGUUAAAAACAAAAAUUUUAGAAACAUGUACUGUCACUGCAGAGAAAUGGGGCCUGCCAGUCAAUAAUACUCACCGAUAUGAUUUUGCAAUUGUGUAGUUCCAGAAAAAAUACAUACUCCCCCAACGGAAGGGAUUGGAAAUUCCUGGGGGGUGGGGGUUUCUCAAAGGCCCAAAAAUUUAAGUAAAUGUAUGAAGCUCGACUGGAAUUUCCAGAGAGGUGGUGGGGGGGUCUAAGGAAAAAUCCCUUCUGUGGGGGAGGUAUGGAUAAUUUUUGGAACCACACAUUAUAAAUAAUUAUUAAAAUAUGCUGUUUACAUGUACAUUUUGUAUUUCCUUAUAGGAAAGCCAUCUUUGAUGCUCCUCCAGAAGACCCAAACUACCAACCUCUUCCAGAAGAGGACAGGCCUGGAGGAUUUAACUGGGGUGAAGGACAGAGAGUGGGCGCGGAACACGAACAUGAUGAUUGAAAAAAAGAACAAUACCAAAAUAGAAAUUGUUAUUCCUCACACAAGCCUUAAUCAAAUUAUCAUAAUGUGUAGUGUAAGAUAAUAUUUAUACUUCCCCUAUGGGAGAACAAUGGAAUUGCAUGGAGGCAUUUGAAGAAUAUAACCUUUUUGAUUUAGACAACAGUUUUUGUCGGAAUAACACCAUCUUUCCUCUUGCUUUUCAGUAUACUGUCACUCCUUCCCACACCCCAUUAAUCCCAUAAGUUGCCCAAGAAAGCCUAAACAAAUAUAAUCUGUUCCUAUGGGCUGGUUCACAUAAGCAAUGCAAACACAGGCACAAGGGAUUUUGGCACAUCCACUGAAAAUGUAAGAACAAUAAAGUACGCAUGCGUAUUUGAGCAUAUUGCAACCAUUUUGGUGUACCUGUUUACAUUUGUGACACACAGAUGAAAGCACAAGUGAAAAUACCGAAAGUAAAAAGCAGUUAUGUCCCAUUAGUCUUUGGGUAAACUGUGGCACAGGCUUUUUUAAGACAUAGGCAAACUCAGGGCGAGCUAGUGUCUAGCGCGAAGCGUAUGUGAAAGACGUGACGGGGACAGGCGCCUUCUGGAACGUGUAGUGGUUAUCAGUUUUUCCACUGGCUCCUAAUUGUGGCUCCUUUGUUAACGCUCUGGCCCCAGUUGUUCAAAUGCUGGGUGGAUAACUAUAGAUCUAUUGGAUAAAUCUCUAUCCAGUGAAUACUGCAAUGGGUUUUCCUAAUACUUAUCUGCUGGAUUGAGAUUUUAUCCGGUAGAGAUAGCUCUAUCCAACGUUUGAACAACUGGGGCUUGAAUUUAAUGCUCAGCUGUUGUGUUAUUAUUUGUGGCUAAAUCUGAAUAAAGUAUAAUACUUUCAUUCUCAC